CGGCAAACCGGAAAAGGAAACCACAGCUUCCGCCAAAACAAGCCAGAUAAUUCCGAGUCGUUCUUUUACAUUUGCAGUACUGGUAUUACAGUUGCGAGAAUUAAACACUUGUUGAUGAUUUUGCUGUCAGCGUACAUGUUUUGGUCGGCACUGGUAAGCAUUAGCUGCGAGCCAGAAGCUUGCUAAUAGAAUAACAAGGACAGGCUCCAUUUCGGCUCCACGGUUCGGCGUCCGGAGCGGCAAGUCAGUCAUAGAAAUCAAAGUGUGGUGGGCUUGGUAGUUUUCGCUCCAAACAAACGAUGAGCUCAGAGGAGACCGCAGCGUCCAGCAAAGCUUCCCCUCCGGAGGAUGAUGGCAUGACGUGGUGGUACCGGUGGCUUUGCAAAAUAGCCGGUGUCCUGGGAGGAAUAUCGUGCGCCAUUGCAGGAGUCUGGAACUGUGUCACGGUGAACCCUCUCAACAUCGCCGCCGGAGUGUGGAUGGUGUUGAACGCCUUUGUGUUGUUCCUGUGCGAGGUGCCCUUCUGCUGCCAGUUCAUCGAGUUCGCCAACGCCGUGGCGGCCCGCGCCGACCGCUUCCGACCCUGGCAGAAAUCCUUCUUCUACUGCGGGAUGGCGCUCUUCCCCAUCUUCCUGAGUUUCUCCUUCACCACGCUGUUCGGCAACGCCAUCGCCUUCGCCACCGGGGUCCUCUACGGCCUGGCGUCUCUCGGCAAAAAGGGGGACGCGGUGACGUACGCCCGGUUGCAGCAUCACAAGCAGGCCGACGAGGAGAGGAUGAGCGGCGCCGUCGAGUGAGGCCCACCCGGCCGCCGCCACCUUUGGUCCCGUCCUCGCCGGCGACGCUCUUCCCAAGCCCUCCCCUUAUUUAUUUCUCUCCUCCUCCUUUUAGCGGACAUGGAUGUGAGUGGAGUGAGCAUGAUGGCGAUGUUUGUCAUUGUUCCAAUUCUGGUUUGCAUUCUUUUGGCCGCUCGCUUGUUACGUGUGAAGCGGGGCGUCCGUUUUGCGACGCCUCUCUUUCAGGACCCGAAGCGUCGUCGUGUGGAUUGUAUUGUUUGUGCGCUAAAGAUUUUAUUGUGGCUUUAUUGCACCUUUUAAGUCUCAACCUCUGCCUUUCCUGAUCCACGACUUGGAAUGUAUUAUUUAUUUUUUAACCUCAAAAAUUAAAAGAGCGUUUUAUUUUUGCUUAACGGAUGAUAUCAAGCUCGACUUUUGCUCGCUCGGAAUGGAAACCGACACUCUUGAAAAAGGAUGACACUAUUUGAGGAAAUGCUAUUGAACUCGCUCUUACUGAACUUUGAGUCCAUUGAAAAGGGACUAAUUGAUUGAUUGGUGUGUUCUUAUUUGUAAUGUAUUAUUUGUGUCUUUGCUUGUGGUUCUCCAUAACAUUAAGGGAAGUUUGUCAGGCAACGUUUACAGCAAUUUUGUCAGCUAACGUCCGUCUCCUUGGCCUCUCAGGUACGCGGGCACCAGUAAACACACACGCACAUAUUGUUAAGCCUCGUGUUGUUUUGGUCUUGAAAUCCUGACAUUGUGUGCUGUGACAUGAAUCCUCUUCUUGCUCAAUUAAACCAAUGUGCGACUA